AUGAACAAAAAACAAAUUGAAUUAUUCGAUUUUUGGAAUAAAAGUCGAAACCUAUCAUUAGCAACAACAACAAAUGUUUCUUUAUCAUGUGAAAAUCAACAAGAAAUUUCUUCUAUCCCAUCAGAUACGACCGAUUCUAUUCCUUUAUAUACACUUGAUGAACCAGUAAAAGAAGUUGAAACAGCUUCGACUGAAUCUCGAUGUUCAUCAUCACACAUUCCUGAAAAUCAGCAAGUGUCUUCUUUGAUUGAAAAUGAAGAUUCUAACAUGCUACAGACAAACAAAAAACCAAGUACUCCAAAUUGUCGUAAUUAUCUUUCUUCUUGGUAA